CCUCCCCCGGCCGCCGCGGCGGCGCCUUUAGGCGGCGGGGCGCCGCGCCGGGCCGUGCUGGGAUGCCGUCGGGGGCCGCGCAGCUGGCGCUGGCCGCGUUGCUUUGCGCCGUCCCGCCGCCCGGGCCCCGCGGGGCGGCGGCGGCGGUGGCGGCGUGGACCGCGUGGCUGAACGUGUCGUGGGAGAGCGGCGCGGGCCGCAACCAGAGCGGCUGGGAGGCGGGCGAGAGCGGCCUGUACGGGCUGGACUCGCCGCUGCAGUCGGCCGAGGGGCUGCUGCUGCCGCCCGACAGCCCCGACGCCUUCAAUGCCUGCAGCGCUCUGACCAACUUCAGCGGGGCCCCCGCGGGCGCCCCGGGCUGGCUCGCCCUCAUCCAGCGCGGCGGCGGCUGCUCCUUCGCCGACAAGAUCCGCCUGGCCGCCGAGCGCGGCGCCGCCGCCGCCGUCAUCUACAACUACCGCGGCACCGGCAACGAGGUGCUGCCCAUGUCCCACCACGGUGCUGAAAAGAUCGUUGCAAUUAUGAUUGGCAACCUGAAGGGCAUGGAAAUCCUGCACCGCAUUCAGAGCGGCAUGAAGGUCACCAUGGCCAUCGAAGUGGGCAAAAAGCGCAGCCUGUCCAUGAAUAUCUUCACCAUCCUCUUCAUCUCUGUGUCAUUUUUCAUCGUGGCAGCAGCAACCGUGGGCUGCUAUGUCUCCUACUCUGCUCGGAGGCUCAUUAUGGCAAGGGCCCAGUCCAGGGAGCAGCGGCGGCUGAGGGCCAGGGCUAAGAAGGCCAUUGAAGAGAUGCAGCUGCGCACCCUGAAGGAAGGGGACAAGGAAAUUGGUCCAGAUGGAGAUUCCUGUGUUGUGUGCUUUGAGCAGUACAAGGCAAAUGAUGUAAUGCGUGUUCUGACUUGCAACCAUGUCUUCCACAAGACCUGCAUUGACCCCUGGCUUCUGGAGCACGGGACGUGUCCUCUGUGCAAGUGUGACAUCCUCAAAGUGUUGGGUGUUGAGAUGGAUGUAGAACCACGGUCUGAGCCUGUGCAAGCCCCAGGAUCCAGUGGCCAAAGACCUCUAUCCACUGUCACUAUAGUUAAUGAAGAGGACAAUCUCAGUGAAACAGCAUCAUCUGGAUAUGAUUCUGUGCAGGGACCAGAUGAAUCUGCUCAGGAGGCACAUGCACCAUCAGAAAAUGACAACACACAGCCUGUAAGUGAUGCAUCCCAGCCCUCCAACGUGACUGUCCUUUCACAAGGUGACAACCCAGGUUUUGAGGGAGAUGAAGCACAAGUUUGUGAAGGCAGGAUUGUUUGUGAAGUCACCCUCUAAGAACCUGCCCUGCCACAGGGUGCAAGCCUUCUGCAAGGAGCUGCCUACUGCCAUUCCAUAGAAACCAAAAGCUGCAAGACUGCUGCAGAAAACGCUGCAUUGGCAAUGUUAAGAUAAAUAGACUUGUCCAAAUCAUAAUUGUAUGGUUUGCCUUUCUUAAAACUGUAUUUCCCACAGGAGUCUUAACACUCUCCAGAUAAAGCUGUCUUAAAUACAAAGAAAACCAGCAGAUUUUAACUCAAACAAAAAUUCCAUCUUCAGGAAAGCUUCUCUACAGUGUUUGAGUUGUUUAAGUGAGAAGAUUUUUUUUUACGUCAUAGUUGUCUCCACUGGGAAUUGUUUUGAGUUGGGUUUUUUGUUGUUUAUUAUUUUCAUUCAAGUGGAUUUUCAUUGUAAACAAAUUUAUUUUGAUCUGUUCUAAUACUUAUUUAUGAGACAGUUCUGUUAAAAGCAACAUGGUAUUUAAUGUUUCAGUGCACUAAUUUGAUAGGAGAAAGUGCAAACUAAUGCUUGUCAAACUGGAUUUUGUCCACAGUGUCUUUGGUUCUCUAGUAACCGACUGAUUCUCUACCUCUCAACUCCAACCUGCCAACCACACAUUCCUAAAGGGGAAGGAAAGAGAGCUGCAAGCUGACAGGCCAAAUCUGACUUACUGUAAAGGGAACAACUGCAGGAGCUUUUCAAACCUUUGUUAGUCUGAAAGAUCCUCAAGUGAUUUGGGGAGUUACAACCAUCUCUAGCACCAGCAAUAUGCCGGAGUCCUGGCUAUGUGAGAGUCUGGGAUGACUUCAGCAAAGACUCAGCUGAAGAUGAAAAGACAGAUUCCUACAGAAGGAUCUGCUGUGUUUUGUUCAGAAAUGAUCCAGCCUCUGAAAAAUACUGGACUGUUGCUGGACAUUGUCUUGCUCAAGUCCUGUGAGGUAACAGAGCUGGAGAAGUUGUCUGUCCUCUGUGUGGAGUUGAGGUGGGGUUAAGUAGGAGCACUGGGUGCCUCAGUAGUGACUUGGCCUUGUCCAGUGAAGGUAACUAAGGGCAUCGUAUAAAUGCACUUUAUUUUUUUACCUCUGCAUCUUUGACUAGUUUCUGUUGUUUAGUAGGAUUUUGUCUUAGAGCCUCCAAUAAAUAAUUUAAAAAUCUGGGGGGGGGGGAAGCAAUGCAUUUUCUUAGCUGUAGUACAAACAAAAUGGUUGUAAAUAUUUCAUAAUUUGUAUUGAAUUUGAAUAUGAAAAUGUAAAUGUAAAUAAAAUUCUAUUUUUGAUGA